AAUUUUUUGCCGGAUCCCCUUAAUCGAAUUCAGUUAUUGGAUCCCACACAACCAAUUAAAUUAAUGGUCCUGUUUUCCAAGAAACCAGUGAUCUACCUUCUCCGGCUUGUAGUUUCGAAAGGAAUACCCAAAGAGACGAUUCUAACGUUCCGUGCCCCUUCUUCAAUGUCACAAGAAGUAUCUUCAGGUAUCAUCGUCGUCUAGCUAUUCUAUAUAUACGAUGGCUGUCUGGUAGAGCCGUUAGUCCAAUAAAUACGCACACGGGACGCAGUUUUGCAUAUGAUAAACCAGGUGAUCGUGGACUUUUGUGUUACGGCAGUACAAUGAAGUUUCUCGUGUUAUUUAUCGCCUUUGCCACGGUGCACUGUCGACCUCAACAACUGGAAACUGAACGACAAACGACCGAUGAAAAAGAGGAAAAAAGCACCAAAGAUAUAUUGGAAAAGAUCGCUGAAGUAAACAAAAUGCAUGGCCUCCUUCCUCAAAAGAAAGCAUCCAGUUAUUUUCACUUCCCCUUUAGUUACUCCCGUCAGGUACCACUUAAAAGCAUAGCUGUACUAAACGAAGACCAAAAUGAGGAAGAGGACGUAGGUGAAGAGGUAGAAGAAGUACCCGAAGACAUGCAGAUAACUAAAAAACUAACGCACGUACAAACAUUCGGAGUACCAAUGAAUAUACCCAGCUACAACACUCCCAACAUGAUGAACAUGCCACAAUUCCCUUACCCAGUGCCUUAUCCUCCUCAGGAAAACAUUAUACCUGAAACUGCGGACGAAACUAAUUUCAAACAAGCUUUGGAAAAAACGGAACAACUACCAGUAAAAAAGACUACCAUAAUUAAACACGAAAUCCAUCCAAUAUAUCCUUCAGGUUUCCCCCAACCACAAACGCAGUUUUACCCUCAAAUGUCCGAAAGUCAACCAAGACAAAACUGGAACUGGCCCGGAGCCCAAUAUUUCCCCAUAGUGAUCAGAGAUCCUUUCAUCCAAAUGUACAACGCAAUCACAACGUUAAUCGAGUAUGGCCCAAUGGGAGGAGGAGCAGGCCAAGCCAGCAAUUGCAAGAGCAAAGUAAAGGAAGGAAGGACACCCAAGAUCGCCACCACAACUGAACCGUCAGACUCGGACGAAGUUAUUAUGGACAUCGAAGACAUCAUCAUCGGUGGCAUGGAAAAAGAAACAAGCAGGAGCAACAAAAUCGACAACCGUUACAAAAACAUGUUGGAAAAACGCAACAACCUCUUCAAAAUCCCAACGUCUAACGCCACCCUAGUUAUAUCGUCCAAAAACGACACGCUCUCCUCCCCGCCGGACAGAGAACCGGAACUGAACGACGACGAGCUCGACGACGAGGAGAGCGACAAAUCCGACGAUAUAGUGGUCUCCAACGAUCACACCAAGAAGGUAUUCAGCAAGGACAACACGGGCAACGGCAUUUUCAUACACAAGAUCAAAGUGAGGAAGGGUGGUGUGGCGGUGGCCGGACCCGGAGGCAUAGCGACGGCAGGAAGCGGUGGUACCGCCAUUGUUGGGCCCAACGGGUUCGCCUACACGCAUCCGGACAGUCUGGCGAUUGCCGGAUCCGGAUCUAAGGUUAUUUCUGUUGAUCCUUCGGUCAGUUUGAUGGAGGCUUUGAAGAAUCACAACAAGACCCGCAUGGGGAAGAUCGUGGCUACGGGCCCGGUUGUAUUUUACAAUAAGGGAAAAAUCAUUAAUUCUGGGUUUUUCUUCCCCAGAUACUCACAAAUGAGCCAACGUCAAUCUUCUAUACUAAAAACAUAUAACGGCUACGAAAUAAACGGUCACCUAAAAGGAAAAAAACUAACGAGCGUGAUGCUGCAUCCGAUUGGAAAAGCUGUGGCGGGUGCGCACGGCACAGCAAUAUCUAACCCAACGUCGAUGGUUAUAACCACCACGAACAACAGGGUGAAAAUAAUUUAUGAGCCGGAGGCGGUGGCCAUUGCCGGUCCUGGGGGUAUCGCCCACGCCCAAACCGAUUUGGAAAUUGAUAUUUUGCAUUGCUGUAACUUUAGUAAAAUAACAAUAAUCCCAUUUUAUGGAGGUGGAAAGGGCCAAUCACUUCAAAUUACUGAGUCAAAUGACGGUCAAGUAACCACAACUAUUAUUAAAACACCUGACAAUGCUGUGACUCAACACAUUACCACCACAACUGAAGUAGAAUAUCCGCCUUUGCCAUCAAAACAAGACAUCAUCGAAGAAUUCGAAGACAAUGUUGGCAGACAACUUGAUGGAGAAGACGAAGACAAUAACGGCGAACUCGAGCACGAAUCCAGAGAAGGACUGAGUGCAUGGUUCAGUAGAAAGAAGCAGAAUAAGGAAAAAAAAGACAAAAAGGAUGAGAAGAAAAAGAAAGAGGAGGAGGAGCGAAAGCAAAAGGAAGAGGAGGAGAGAAAGAAACAGGAGGAAGCUGAGAACAAAAGGAAGGAAGAGGAAAAAAAUAAGGAAAAGGAGAAGGAGGAAAUCAAGGAAGAGGAAUCAGAGGAUGACGAUAGUGUUGCCAUUAACUUACCUCCAGACGAUGCUGCAGUUGCUGAAGCUAAACCAGUAGGCCUGGCAAUUGCUGGUGAUGGCGGAGUAGCAGCCAGCAAACCCAUUGGAACAGCAGUUGUGGGUCCUGGAGGAUUAGCUAUUUCAAGACCAGUUGGUACGGCAAUUGCCGGAGUACCGCCUGAGCAGGUUCCCAUAUUGGGUGGGAAAAAAUCGCAAAAGUCUAGCCAUCUGGCGAAACUAAUUGCUAAAUAUCACCCUCAAGAAUAAACCUGUGAUGUACGAUUCAAAGCUUAUAAACUUAAUUAUUAAAACAAAAUAUUCCUUGUAAAUUAAUUGUUUUUAUUCAUAGAUUUAUAAGCAUACUAAGUUAUA